ACACCGCUCAUUUCUCUCUGUCGUACUCCAUAUACCCGCUAAGUCCACCUCUGAAAGGCACAGACCUCAGAAGAGGAGAAUCAGAAGGUAGAGGAGACAGGAAAGACUGCAGAUGGUGGGAGGCAAGACGCAACUAUUGGGUACCCGGUGAAGGCUGAAUGGCACAGUAUGCCAGGAUCUGAACUGAAACGGGGACCGGGUUUAGUAAAGAGGUCUGCCAAUAGAGACAUGGGUGUUGCAAAUGAGAAACGAAUGAGUCUGCUGGAGUAAAGGAUUGGGACGCGAAUUCCUGGUGUGUGUGUGUGUGUGUGUGUGUGUGUGUAUUAGGGAAUGUGGUGGUGGAUGUCCUUUGGUGCGACGCGAUGCUGGAUGGGAUGAAAUCGCGUAACCGGGGGCCAAAUCUAGGCGCUUAACGCGAGACCACCGAUCUGAGCUCCCCAGGGCUGCGCUAAACCAAAUCUUCAACCCCUUGCACGCUUGGUAAGGGGGGAACUACAGAAAGUUCGACGAUGGCUCUCGUCAUGGAACCUGUUAGUAAAUGGAGCCCCAGUCAAGUUGUAGACUGGAUGAAAGGUCUGGAUGACUGCCUGCAGCAGUAUAUAAAGAACUUUGAGCAGGAGAAGGUUGGAGGUGACCAGCUGCUGAGGAUAACCCAUCAGGAGCUGGAGGAUCUGGGGGUGUCCCGCAUCGGACACCAGGAGCUGAUCCUGGAAGCUGUCGACCUGCUGUGCGCUCUGAAUUACGGUCUGGAGACUGAAAACCUGAAAACUCUCUCUCACAAGCUCAAUGCCUCUGCCAAGAACCUGCAGAACUUCAUCACGUGCCGCCGCCGCAGCGGUCAUUACGACGGCCGGACCACCCGCAAGCUGCCCAAUGAUUUCCUCACCUCUGUGGUGGACCUCAUCGCUGCUGCUAAAAGCCUCUUGGCCUGGCUCGAUAGGUGUUACUUCUUUUGCAGGUCACCAUUUGCUGCCGUGACGGACUAUUCUGUGACCCGGAACAACGUGAUUCAGCUGUGCUUGGAACUCACUACCAUAGUACAGCAGGACUGCACCGUCUAUGAAACCGAAAAUAAGAUCCUCCAUGUGUGUAAGACUUUGUCUGGAGUGUGUGACCACAUCAUCUCACUGUCGUCAGACCCCCUGGUCUCCCAGUCUGCACACCUGGAGGUGGUUCAGCUGGCUAACAUUAAACCUAUGGAGGGUCUGGGAAUGUACAUUAAAUCCACAUAUGAUGGACUUCACGUUAUCACAGGAACCACAGAGGGGUCACCGGCAGACCGCUGUAAAAAGAUCCAUGCUGGUGAUGAGGUCAUCCAGGUGAAUCAUCAGACUGUGGUGGGCUGGCAGUUGAAAAACUUGGUAAGCUCUCUGCGUGGGGACCCUGCCGGUGUGACAUUGACCCUGAAAAAGCGUCCACAGAGCACGCUCACCUCCGCCCCAGCCCUACUAAAGAACAUGAGAUGGAAGCCCCUGGCCCUGCAGCCUGUUGUUCCCAGGAGUCCCACCAGCAGUUCGGCCACACCCACAAGUACGAUCAGCACACCCUCAAAGCGUGAUAGCUCCGCCCUCCAAGACCUAUACAUCCCACCCCCUCCAUCUGAGCCAUACACACCAAGAGAUGAAAAGGGGAGUCUCCAGAGUGAGGGCGGGGUGCAUGUGGCAAAAGGGUCAGAAUCACCAAACUCAUUCCUGGAUCAAGAGUACCGAUGCCGAUUUCCUCUAAUGGAAGAGGAAGCAGUCCUCUACUGCUAUCAAUAUGACCCCAACCACGGACCUACAACAUCCCGCCGAGACAGCACACCCACUUACGGUCGUCUAAGGCCCAUUUCUAUGCCUGUAGAGUAUAACUGGGUUCCUGACUAUGAAGAUCCAGCUAGACUGAAACGAGAAGGACGGAGAGAAAACUCUCUGUUACGAUAUGUAAGUGAGGAGAAGGCUGCCGAUAUGGCAGCUCGGAGCAUGAAGAGAGACACCGGAAAACGAGGCAAGAAAAAGAGCGAAAAGAGUGGAAGCCCCACCCACUACGCUCUCCUCCCCACCCUCCAAAUGGAGGUACUGCGUCAAGAAUCCAUGAACACACCAAACCUAGAAUCCACCUCUCUUUACCAUACAUUCCAGGGAUCCUCUCUGCUAUCCAAGACCAAGAAAAAGAAUAAAGCAGCCCCACUGUCAUCCAUCAGUAAGAGAAGGAUCUCCUGUAAGGACUUGGGCCGUGGAGACUGUGAGGGCUGGCUGUGGAAGAAGAAGGAUGCAAAGAGCUAUUUCUCCCAGAAAUGGAAGAAGUACUGGUUUGUUCUAAAGGGUGCCUGCUUAUACUGGUACAUGAAUGAAGAGGAUGUAAAAGCUGAAGGAUUUGUUAGCCUCCCAGAGUUCAAGAUCGACAGAGCUAGUGAAUGUCGUAAGAAGUAUGCAUUUAAAGCAUGCCAUCCUAAAAUCAAGAGCUUCUACUUCGCCGCGGACAGCGUGGACGAUAUGAACAGAUGGUUAAGUCGUCUUAACAUGGCGGCCGCGGGCUACGCAGAAAGAGAGAGGAUCCGUCAGGAACAGGCAGAUUACUGGAGUGAAAGUGAUCAUGAAGACAAUGAGACGCCCUCUACGCCCAAGCAAGACAGCCCCCCGCCCCCUUAUGACACGUACCCACAACCACCAUCAAACCAAGUAAGUUGUGCCAGUCCUUACCUGGAACCGAAGCACGGCCGCCUCUCAUCCACUGAAACCUCACAGUCUCGUUCCUCUCACGAGGAGUACCGCUCCGAACCACAAGGGGGCAGCAGCAGCGGAGGGGGUUCUCCUGCUCGGAAGUCUGCCAGCCAGCGGCGCUCGUGGCAGGACCUAAUUGAGACCCCCCUGACCAGCUCAGGCCUCCACUAUCUACAGACUUUGCCCCUAGAGGAUGCCGUUUUCUGUGAGCCAGGGGCGGGUCUGUCUCCAGAAUACCGCCGCCAGUCAACUCUGCCUGCCCAGCGCACACUGAUGCAGGACCGUUACGGUCCCUUCCCCAUGGCUGAGGGGGAGCGGCUCAGAGACCCUUCUACCAUAGUCUGUAAACCCCGCAGCUUCACCCUGCCACGGGACAGCGGCCUGCAUGCCCUUCUUACUCCCUCCGCUAGCAUGGCAGAACAGCGUGACCCCAGCCGCAGGGAACUCAGCCGCAGUCACUGCAUCAAUAAUGGCGGGGAGCGGGAUUGCCACGGACAGGCGGAUUCUCUUGGUGAUUUGUACCGGGCGUUGGAGCGUGCCAGCCUGUCCCUCACUGGUGAGCACCGUCUUUCCACCCGUCUGGAGUACAAACACCUUUUCAUCCGGCGUUGCAACGAUCCACAGCUAAAUGACAAACUGCAUCAUCUCCGCAUCCUGCAAAGCACUCUAAAGGACAGGGAGGGCGAGGUAGCUCUGAUUGACAAGCUGCUAGCCAAUCCUAGGCUCACAUCCUCAGAGUUCCAGGAAUGGAAGAAAGUUUACAUGGAGCUGUUUUCAGGGGAGCCCCAGCGGGACCAUCAGCCCAGCCCCAUCUCAGAGCCCAGUCCUGCCGCCACACCAGAACCCGGCCCCCGCACACCUUCCCUCUCACACACACACUCCUACAUCGAGACUCACGUCUGACAUACACAAAUGAACACUUUCCUUUGAUCUUGUCAGUCACUCUUCACAAAAAUAUCACCUGAUUGUUUGAGGUAGUUGUUGCUGACAGAGUACACAAUAUCACUUCCAGUGGAACUUAGUCAGGGUAAAAGUAACAGGAAAAAAUGAGGUUUGGAUUGUUUCUUGACCUUAGUCAUGGUAGACAGCAUGUUUAAUUUGACACAAAUGAAAACAAGGCUAUGAAUCCUGUAUGAAAAUACAUCCACUAUGGUGCUAAUAAAGUGCCUGACCUAGUCUUCUGCUGUCGUAGCCUAUCCGACUCAAGUUUUGACGUGUUGUGCUUUCUGAGAUGCUAUGCUGCUCACUACAAUUGUACAUUGUGGUUACAAUUACAUAGUGGUUAUCUGAGUUACCGUAGCCUUUCUGUCAGCUCGAAGCAGCUCUCUCAAAAAUAAGGCAAUUUCGUCCACAGAACUGUUGCUCACUGGAUGUUUUUUGUUUUUGGCACCAUUCUGAGUAAACAUUAGAGACUGUUGUGCGUGAAAAUCCCAGGAGAUCAGGCGGUACAACAGUACUCAAUCCACCCAGUUUGGCAACAAAAAUCAUGCCACAGUUGAAAUCACUGAGAUCAUAAUUUUUUGAAUCCCAGAUAAUCCCAGAGGUAUAAACUGAUAGUACUUCGAUCCCUCAUGGCCUCAUUUUAAUUUCAGUCAAAUUAAAUGUACUGCAUCUACGGUACAUUGACUAAGGUCUAUAAGCACCAAUUUACACCUCACUUUUGCUUGAACUUUCACAUCCUGACUGCAAUUGCUGACAUGCAGUCUACACUUUUUUAACACUUGAAAAAACAUAGUUUACGCAAGCACAGAUAGCUGCACAAAGAACUCUCAGUGGCUCAAGUCACUACCCGCAGGCUUCAGAGUAUACCACUUCUGCACACGGGGUUGCCAUGGUCACCAGUCCUCCCUACGGCUCAGACAAGGAGAGAUGGUGCCAUCACACCAAGAACAAACCUAGCCCACCUUAAAACAAGAAGCCAAGGUAGAACCAGAGAACUGAACACUUGGACUGGGAAAUUAAACCUGCAGACUGGACAAUAUGAUUACAUGGAGAGCAAAUACAAGCCUGAGGCAUUUGAAAACUGAAACAAACACUGACUCUUACACUGUUGUGCUGCUGUACCAGUGUUUUUGUUUGGCUGUUUUUAAGAAGCAAAUCUCUCAGCAGUUAGCUGCCUUGUUUAUAUGCCACUUUACCAUACUAUAUACUCUACUGCAGUAUAAUAAUAUAUUUAUGAACUGCUGUUAUACAUCGGCUGGCCCCAAAUUAUAGCACUCGUGCGCGCGUUUGUGUGUGUGUGUUUGCGUGUGUUCAUGGAACACAAAUGUGUAUACCUAAUCUCACCAGAAUUCCCACAGAGUGUAUGGACAUACUGAGAAAAAGUAUUCAAAGUAAUAUUCCCAGUUCAAAACAAAAGCUUUAUCGACAGCAUCUGUAAAAUGCUGUCGAUUACUAUGUGCGAUAAUUUGACUCAACACCUUAGUUUGUAAAAUCAUAGAAAAAUUCUUUCAGUAAUGCAUUUAUAGUGGUAGUUUUUGGGGAUUGUAUUUUUGUGAAAGCACUUAUUAAUUGUUCUGUACAAAAAUGUUUUAUUUGAACUCUAAAGUUAUAUAUAUCCUUUUUUUUAUGAUAGGUCUGCUUUUCUAGGCAAAUUAACUUAUAGUUUAAUUCCUGUGUUUGAAAUUUUCUCUAUGUAAGCAACAGAUCUGGGGAGUAACGAAAUACAUGUAAUGGGAUUGCGUAUUUAAAAUACUAAAUAUAAGUAACUGUAUUCCACUACAGUUACAGUUUAAAUCAUUGGUAUUUAGAAUACAGUUACAUUCAAAAAGUAUUUUGAUUACUUAAGAGAUUACUUUGCAUUUUAUUGUCAUUUGUUUCAUUUAAUAUUUAGUCCUUUCAGAUGGAAAACAUUUAUACAUAUAAAUUAUGCGAUCCAAAGUGUAUUUGAACAGCAGUGAAACACUUUCUUAUAUGUUACAUUCAUACGAGCAGACAGAGAAGUAAGUUUGAAGUAAGUUUGGAGCAGAAGAAAUACAAAUAAACCUUGUGUAAAUUGUCAGCUUUACGCUAAGCUAAAAUGCUAUUUCUAGCCAUUUUACAUGCACGUUACCAGGCACGAUCAUAUUUUUUGCAAUCCCUUUCUUGUAUUCUUGCACAAGUCAGGCAAAAGUGAUAGGGUUUGCUGACUUUACACCAUCAUGAGAGUUGGUGGUCAUGUACAGAUUGAAAAUAACUUUGCACAGGCAAUAUGUGAACACUUAUUAAAGGUGCACUCAGAAAUGUUUUGCUCGCAUCAUCUUGGACUUACAGUGACACCUAGUGGUGUGGAUACAACAUCAUCCAUUAUCAGUAGUUUUCAGUUACAGAUGCCAUUGUAGAAAUUCACUAUUUGUAUACAGCCAUGAUUAAUUUAUUCCAAGAGUGAAAGUGUCCAAUAACAAGAUGGUUACUGAUGUUAAGCUAUAUAUAAAGAAUAAAACAGCUUUUAUAAGGUUACUGAAAUUACAAGAGUCCUCAUCUCAUGUGAGUGCUCAUGAUUUAAUACGUAUGUUUCAAAACCACAAUUUAUUUCUUUGAGUAAAACUUUUUUAAUGGGGGGAAAAAUUACUUAGUGCACCUUUAAGUUAUGUGGCUUUACUUUGCUGUGCCUUGCCCCAUUGUCUUCGAUUUACGUGCAUUACUGAAAAACAGAAUGUUUUCUUUUUUGUUUUUUUCUUUUUUUUUUUUUACAAACUAUGGGAUGUCGAAAUUAUUUUAUUUGGUAAUCAACAGCAUUCCACAGAAACAUUGUUUUGAAAUUGGAAUAUUCCUUUAACAGCAGGCUUUGCCGUAAACACUUUUCUGACCUGACUGCACCGCUCUACCAAACUAAGCCUCUGAUAACAGAUGAGCAUUCAGUGAAUGUGUGGGCUUUCCAUUAGAAGCCACAAAUCAACUGAUAUUAAAUGAAUGGCAAAGUUCUGGAGGUGAUCCAUUUAUUUAAACUAGCCGAGCACAAACUUCUCUAUCUGCAUGGCUUGUAGGUACAACACGGUCACAUCACUUCUGUGUGCUAUUUUUCUGUUUUCUACACUGAAGCUGCCAAAUGAUUCAACGUCAGUGUUUAAACAGUUAGAGUCAGGAAGGCGGUUACAAGAUCAAGAAGCACUAAGGCUCUCUACGGGCACAAAGAAGACUUUUUAUGUGAGAUUUUUAAGAACACUGAAUGUUCAGAUGAGAGUUUAUUGUACAUUAUGAUAAUGUGUAUUAUAUGAUGUACAUUGAAAUUUCAGGGAUGACUCUCUGAUAUACUCUAUAAGAGCACUUUCAUUCUAUAUGUAACUUAAGACAGAAUUUUCUUUAUUAUGAUCAUUGAGUGACGCUGGUGCUAAUGUGUCCAGGUGAUUCCAUUAGCUCUCAGAGGAAAGACAGCGUGGAAAUGAUUAACAGUGGAAAUAGAUGAACUAGAUCAGAUUACCUAUUGAUAUUUUACUUUACUAAUAUGUCAAAGUUAUUCCUAAUUUUGUGCAAAUCAUGUUAUGUUUCUUUAGCAGCCCUAUUUUUUGACACAAAGUUGUUGUAAACAAUCUAGCUGAUCUAUAUAUGUGCUGCUUCCUGUCUUUAUUAUGAAUAGGGCAUAUAGUUCAGGCAGUGCAGUUCCUAUGUGUUGUGUUUUAGCGUACAACCUGGUAAACUUUAUUAAAUUAUUUAAAAAGAGCAUUAUUGCUUUCUCAAGUUUUAAAUGUAGUUAUAGCUAGAGUCAAUAAAUUUUAUGGAUGUAACAUUAAA